AUGAAUGAUGAAGUACAUAUGUUUACAUUUUUACAUACUAUCAAAUGUCAAUAUGGUGGUCAAUGUGAUGAUAAAGAUCGAAAACAUUUGAGUGAAUAUGAUCAUCCAAAUUAUUGUAUAGAUGAAGGCAAUUGUCAAAAUGUUCAUCAACAACAU